AUGUAUCGUUUGCUCUUGAACUCCGUCCACUACCCUUCCAUCCGCCCUGCAGUCGCACAUCCGCCCUCCAGAAUGAGCACUCGAUCUGCCUCGCAUGCUGGUUCUUGGUACACUGACGAUGGAAAGACGUUGGGUAAAGAGCUUGGCCAGUGGCUGCAGAAAGCCGGCAACGAAGCGGAGGAGCCAUAUCCUAUCAAAGGAUGCAAGGCCGUUAUAGCACCGCAUGCAGGAUACUCUUAUUCCGGUCCUGCUGCCGCCUGGGCCUAUCAGAGCAUCGAUACCACAGGAAUCAAACGCGUCUUCAUCCUCGGCCCUUCACACCACUUCUACCUGGAAGGAUGCGCGUUAUCGAAAUGCAAGAUGUAUGAGACGCCCAUUGGCGAACUUCCACUGGAUCUGGACACUAUUAAGGAACUCAAGGCGACCGGGAAAUUCGAAUCCAUGGGUUUGCAAGCUGACGAAGACGAGCAUAGCAUAGAGAUGCACAUACCCUACGUUCGUAAGGUUUUUGAAGGGCAGGAUAUCCGCAUAGUCCCUAUCGUAGUCGGGUCACUUUCAAAGGAAAGAGAGGCAUUCUUUGGGGAAAUACUCUCGACAUAUCUUGCUAGAGAGGACACUUUCUUCGUCAUUUCGAGUGACUUUUGUCAUUGGGGUACAAGGUUUUCGUAUACAUUUUACUAUCCAGAACCGGCUCCUAGCGGGGCAGCUGGGAUACGUCUUUCUCGAACCGUCGAACCGUCGCCGUCAUACUACCCAAUUUAUCAGUCCAUCACUCGACUAGAUCAUGAAGCGAUGGACAUCCUCACCGUACCACCCGCAACUGCUGCUGAUGCGCACUCUCGUUUCGCCGACUAUCUCGCAAGGACCAAGAACACUAUUUGUGGUAGACAUCCCAUCGGCGUCCUGUUUGGCGCGUUAUCCAAGCUGGAGCAGGAGAAGAACAUUAAGCCAACUCUCAAAUGGGUUCGCUAUGAGCAGAGUAGCCAAUGCCACAGCAUUAGAGACUCGAGCGUUAGCUACGCCAGUGCGUACAUUCGAUUCUAA